AUUGACCGCUAAGUGCUUAAAUAAAUAAAAGCGAUAGUUAAAAUAACGAAUGAAAAAUAAAACAAAUGUAGCGGCUUUUGUUUUGCUAUCAAUUUUCUCGGUAGCUCAGUAGAACUUCAAUAAAGUAAUGUCGUAACAAUUACUUAGCCAACUUCGUAUUAAAUCACAUUUUGUACCAAAAUUCAACAAUUUGCAAUUAGGUAGUUAAAUCAAAAGCAUGUCGCUGGCAGCAAAGGUCACAUUGAGUUUGGCGGUUUGCGUUUCGAGCGCCAUUAUAGGUUAUGUGCACUAUAAACAGUCGGACGACCGUUACAAGCUGCAUCAGGGCGUGCUGCGUGAUGUGGAGCAACAGCAGCGACGCAAACACGAAAACCGAUACAAUCUGCAGCAACAAAUCGACAUGACCAAACAGUUGAAAUCAGCGCGGGAAAUAGAGACGGAAGCGAACGAGGACGAAGCAGACGCCGGGCCAAACGAAUCGCAAAAGACAGCAGCAGUAACUACUAUAGAUGCAGUUCUUCCCGCCGUCGUUCUCCAGACACCAUUAUAAAUCUAUUCAUUAAUCAACUAAAUACAUAUGUCCGUAAAGUUAAUUUACUAAGUGACUUGCACAAGA